AUGAUCGGUGGACGUGGUAUGUUCAGUGGAAGUUCAACAAUGGAUUAUUUCGAUAAAAGGGACAAUGUGUCGUUGUGUGAAGAUGGGAUGGACAUUUCAAAUCAUUUUGUGAACGCAGGUUCAGAAAUACAGAAAUUUUAUGAAAACAAGAACGUUUUUGUAACUGAUGCUAAUGGAAUCGGAGGAAUUCUAGUAGAACGAUUAUUAAGGUCAUGUCCGAAAAUAGGAACAAUAUACCUGCUAAUGAAGAUAGAGAAGAACAAAUUAAUUGAAGAAAGUCAUGAUGAGUUCUUAUUUUCUGAGGUUAUUGACAAAACAAACCAAACAUCUCAGUACCUUAAGAAUAAGAUAAAAAUUAUCCCUGGUGACUAUACACAGCCAUGUUGUGGGAUCUCAGAAAUCAACCAAAAAAUACUCUUUGAUGAGAACCAAAUUGUUUUUCACUGUGCAGGAGCUACUAAUAAAUAUGAAAAUAUAAAUAGUUUAUAUUGUAAUAAUAUUCAAUCAACAAAGAGCUUGUUGGAACUGGCUAGUAAAAUGAAAAAUUUGAAGGCUUUCAUUUAUGUUUCAACAAUUAAUGCAAAAAAGUUUCAACCGGAGGUUAAAGAAAAGUUUCAUGAAAAAAUAUUUUCUUAUAACAAGUUAAACUCCUGGGAAGAACAGCUACAAGUGGUUGCAUCCAAGGUUGUAAGAUGGAGAGGAGAUAUGAAUGAUUUUACAAAAGCAGUAGCAGAAGAAGUUUUACGAGAAUACAAUGAGAAAAUACCAAUUGCUAUAGCAAGGUCGUCAUAUGAAGGUCAAAAAUACAAUCCGCUCAACAGGAAAAAACUUUUUAAUUUAUCAACUGAGACUCAUUCAGUGCUCAUUAGUGUUUUAAAAUACUAUAUACAUGGAACAAAGAAAAUCUCUAUGACCGCAGAUAAUUUUAUAAACACAGUAAUGGCUAUUUCAUGGCAAGUCGGAACAAAUAAAUCGAACAGGAACGAUUUCACUACUCCAAUAUAUGAUGUAAUCCCUUCUUGGAAUUCCAGAAUUCCAACAAAUUGUGGCGAACAUUUGACUGAAAACACUAAUUUGAUUUACCAAGCUAUUUCUAAAAAAUGUUUAGAGAAUAAUAAACCACAUGAAAAUAAUCAUAAUUGGAUAAAUGACCAAAGCAAAUAUAUUUAUCCAGUUCUGGUUUUGUUAAUGCUUAAUCUGUAUUUGAAGAUUUAUUCUAACACACACAAAAUAUUGAACACAUUUGUUAAAACGGACGAUUUUAGUUUAUCUUCCGAAUAUUAUCACCCACAAUCUUGGAGCAAUAAGCUGUCUAAUGUGGAUAAGCUCUGGUCUUCGAUGUCGAAUGUUGAUAAGAAACUAUUUAAUUUCGAUAUUAUUAAUAAUGACUGGAAACAAUGCAAUGCAAGAAACAUUAGGAAUAUGAUAGCUUACUUAUUUAAGGAGGAUUUGAAUGAUUCGGAGAUGACUAAUCCAAUUUAUACCAGAUAUCAACAAGUCAAGAUGUAUUUGAAAAUAUUGCUGUGCGGUGUUACUUUCUAUUUUAUUGUAACCAGAUGUUUAUUGAUUCUACUACAGAGUUUGAAUGAAUUAUUUUUAUGAAUGAAUAAUGUAAAUAAAAAACUAAAUUUUAGUAUAUUAUAUCAUAAGAAAAAUUAAGAAUAAUAUAUCAUAUCCUCUUUUUUUAUACCUAGAAUUUAUUAAAAAAUUGAAUUGAAUAUCUUGUAUUUAUGAAAAAUUUAAUUAAUCUUCUUAAAUUAUAAAUAUAGAAGAUUAAACAAAACAUAAUAUUUAUUAUAAUUUAAGUAGUCUGUGUUAGGACUACCUUAGUAUAAUUAUUGUUUAAACUAUCAUUUUAGUCCAAAAUGAUUUGAAUAUGGGUUUCACAUUGCACUAAAGAUUCUGGAUUGGAAGAAAUAUACAGUGAGAUGAAUAAGGCGAAACUUGCGACAUUGACUCAAAAUUCGAAAUUUCUAUGAUUUAAAAAUAGACGUGUUCUUUGGGCUUUGAAGUAUAUCAUAGUCUGUUGUCAUGCAAUUUCAAAAGGAUUUUAAUGAUAAAUUUUUCAUAAAUCUCUACGAAAGUUGGGACCUUCAAUUUAUAUGUUGCAAAAUUAGAUAUUUUUAAAAUCUUUAACUAUUCAAUUGCGCAAUGCAAUUUAUCUUAUUUUUUAAAUAUUUUAUAAUAAGGGAAUUGUGUUCAGAAGGUUUCAAAACAAAAAUGAAGAAAUUCCAGAUAACCAGCCUAAUGAAGUAAUUUAUUUUUGGAUUUAAAUUUUUCAUAUUGAUAAAAUUUCAUUAAACAAAAAUUUUAUUGAAAAAUAAGCUUCAACAAUUAGAAGUAAGGUAUUAUGUGAAUGUGAAAUCCAAAAAUUUGAUCCAAUCUUGGGCUACUUUAGAAUUUAUUAAUAUUUGUAUAUAAUUAUACAUGUGUUUGUAAAAAAUAUAACAUUCAUUUUUGCUUUUAGUCGUAUUAUUAUAUUUUGUUAAUAUAAAAAUAUAUAUUAUUGAAUAUAUAUAUAUACUUAGAAAUAAACCACUUGCAGUUUUUUUAACCAUUUUCAUAAAAAUAUAAGAUUUUCCUAAACCAACAAAUAAAUUUGACCGCACCCCCCGACCAAUUCCUUCUCAUAUUAUAUCACGGUCAACCAUCUCUACAUCACAUUAUAUUAUUAACGUUUUAAGGUUUAUUUCUAAUUCUAUAAAUCUACUUAUGGUUUUUCUGUAAUAUAUCAUAUAUGAUAGAAAUUGACUAUACCAUUGUAAGGAUAAGAUAACCUUCUGUUCAGCAGAUAAGUAGAGUAUUUUUAUUUGUAUCUAUUUUUUAAAAAUACUGUGGUUGCAGUAAUUUUAUAAAAUAAAAUGAAAUUGUAAUUUCAAGUU